AUGGAGGACCUCAGGACUCUCAGGUGUUCUUGCAGUUCUUUAUCGGGGAGCCCUUCUGCGCAGCCGCGGCUUCAGCAGCAGCAGCAGCAGCGGCGGGCGCCCCAGCAACCAUUCAAAGGGCUGCAGCAGCAGCAGCAACAACAACACAAGUGCCAGCACGGCAUGCUCUGCACGCAGUUCCCAGCUCUUAGGACCAAAUGUGAAGGAGCUGCUGCUGCAGCAUCAGGGCCUCUUGAUUUGCAAACAGAUGAGGCUGUGGCACAAAGCGAGCCCAGCGCUUGCUGCAGCAGCAGCUGCUGCAGCAGAAGCCAGAGCGUCCGCCUUGAAGUUCCACAGGGGGGCGCGCUUGUAGGCAGCUGCAGCAGCAGCUGCAGCAGCAACAGCGGAGACAGCUUCGGUAGCGGCGGUGGCAGUGGCAGGUGCAGCGACAGCAGCAGCAGCAGCAGCAGCAGCCUUCUGCGUAUUGGCAGCAAAGGCAGCAGCCCCAGCAGCAGCACAAACAGCUGCGCACACACAGAUAGCAGCUCCGAGCUGCUCUCCUGUGCUGCAGUGCCCCAGGUGGCUACGGGGCCUGCUGCCGCACACUUGCUGCUGUCAGAGGCCAACGCAGCGCCCACAGCGCAGCAGCAACAGCAGCAGCAGCAGCAGCAGGAGCAGCAGGAUCAGCAGGAAGAGGAGCAUCAACACACUGGACAAGACCAGGAACGAGCACAGCAGAAGCAGCAGCAAGAGCUGAGGCAGCAGGAACCGCAAAGGGAAUUGCGACUAUCGCACGCACAGCAGCAGCAGCAGCAGCAGCAGCAGGAGCAGCGAGAGGACCGAAACAACCAGCAGAAGCAGCAACCCCAUCAGCAGCAGCAGCAGCAGCAACAGAAGGAGCGUCCUCGCUGGAUGCUGCGUCCCCCACCAAAGCACCUUCUUAACCUCUUGGAGAGGGAGGCGUUCCGCUGCUGCUGCAGCAGCUGCUGCUCGUCAGCAGCGCAGCAGCGGCAGCAGCUUCCCUCAACCGCCCACCUCUCUGCUGUGCUUAAGGGAGAUACUGCUGUUUGUGCACACGGCGCAGCAGCAGCACCUCUUUGCAGCAGCAGCAGCAGCAGCAGCGGCAGCAGCCACGGCGAGCCUCCCGCUUCAAAGGUGGCGGCGGCAAAGUUGUGCGGCGCUGCAGCAGCAGCAGCAGCAGCAGCUGCUGCUGCUGCGGCCGCUGCUGCCGCAGCAGCUGCUGCUGCAGAUGGCUCGGCUUCUGCUGCUUUCCCGUGCAUGCUCGGGGGCAGCAGGAAAGGACUUCAGCUGCUGGAGAGCCACGGAGAAACUAGCAGCUCAAGCAGGUGCUGCAGCAGCAGCAGCGACGGAGAUGAGUGCUGCAGCGUUGCAGCGCCUCUUUGCUGCUGCAGCACGAAAGAGAAGGCUGCAGCUGGCGGGCACCACGCGGACAACGCAUUGAGGCUCAAGCCAACUGCUGCUGUUCUCGCUGCUGCUGCUGUUCCUGCUGCUGCUGCUGCUGAUGCUGAUGCUGAUGCCGAUACUGCUGCACCACGUGAGGAUGACCAGCAGCAGCAGCGUACACCAAAACGACUUUUCGCAAGCAGCUGCCUUCGGAACGUCGGCGCUCUCAACAGCAACAGCAGCAGCAACAGCAGCAGCAGCAGCAACAGCAGCAGCAGCAGCAACAGCACUAAACGGAGAAGUAGCAGGGAGUGCAGGUGCGGCGGGGAGACUAAGAGCAGCAGCAACUGUCUGCUUCGAGGACUGCAGCAAGGGAGAGAGACCGCUAUCACUGAGCAGACGCGCUGCAGCGGCUGCAGCGGCACCAGCAGCAGCUGCAGUGGCAGCAGCAGCUGCAACAGCAGCAGCAGGCACGGUCUGCAGAUGCAGCAGCACGAAUGCACUCUGGCAGAAGGAUCUGCAGCAGCAAGUUCCGGUGCAACUCGGCCUCUUCACAGUCUUAAGGCAGCAGAUACAGGAGCCGCAGCAGCAGCAGCAGCGCGGAGCUGCGGCUGCUGCGCUUCUUCUGAAUGCGCAGCAGGAGGUAUCGACAACAACUUAUGCUGCUCCACGCCAGCAGAGGCACUGGAAGCAACAGCAGCAGCAGCAGCAGCAGCAGCACCAGCAGCAACUCUCAGUGACGGCCCUUCUGUGUGUGCAGGUUGCACAGCACCAGGUGGUCGCGCAGCUGCUAAUGAGGACAGCAGCAGCAGCAGCAGCAACCCCGAAAGCAGCUGCUGCUGCGCCUUUUCUGCGCGUGGCGGCUACAUUUUAAUAAAGAAAUUAAACUUCAUCUUGAGACAUGGAGCUUCUCUAUUUCGAUUGCGCAUUCGAGAAGACGGAUUUGUUAGAGUCCGAGACCUCUUGGCGCUGCCGUGCAUGCGCUCCGUCACCUGGAAUGACCUCAAGAGUCGGCUGCGUUCUCUGCUGCUACAGCUGCUGCUGCUGCUGCUUCUGGUACUAUUGGCCGUUGAAGGAAAUUUUAAGCGGCGAUAUGAACUUGUGUACGACAAAACGGAAGUAGAGACCUGCCCAGCCCUCAUGAAGCAGCAGCAGCAGCAGCAGCAAGAAGAGGAGGGAGAGAUGCUGCAGCAGCUAGAGGAGCAGCAAACCGACUCGACUCAGGAUUUGGCGGCGUUGGGGUGUUGCGACUGUGCUCACGCUGAACGCAGCCGCUGCAGCAGCGGCUGCAGCAGCGGCAGCAGCAGCGGCGGUGGCCUCACCAUCCCCCCAGCAGCAGCAGCAGCAGCAGGCGAGAGCCUGUGCUGCAGAAGCGGCAGCACAAUUGUCUGUGGCUCAAUUGCUUGUGCAGAUCACGGAGAUAAGGCAGCAGCAAAGAAGGUUGAACGACUCAGUGGCAAAUGGCUGCUAAGAGCCACACAAGGGCACACCAUUCCAUACAUACGCAGGUUAGCAGCAGCAGCAGCAGCAGCAGAAAUCACUACAGCAGCACGAGCAGCAGCAGAGGAAACGACACGCGAGACAGAGGUAGCAGCACGGGCAGGGGACGUGCUGGUGUGGCAGCAACUGCGGCGCAGCAGCAGCGCAGCAGCAGCACAGCAGCAGCAGCGCAGCAGCAGCAGCAGCAACAGCAGCUGGUUGUUAUGUUUGUUGUUUGCAGCGACUUGUUCAUGCGGAGAGUGGAGAGCGCUGCUGAGCUGCCUGUUUGUGCCCACGGAACUUAUCUAA